CUGUGGCGCUCAGGAAACGCAGCGCUCUGACGUUCAAGGCACGCGCUUAAAGAGGACUUUUACGCGUCUGGUCCGCCGCCUGUACCUCGGUUGCGCACGGAGAGGAUGCUUUAGAGUGUCCAACUCAUACCUGGAACGAGGAACCAGACAAAGCGCUUCUUUUGUUCAUAAAGGCAGCUGUUUUUUUUUUCUUCUUAUUAAUAUUAAUAUUAAUAUUAAUAUUAAUAUUCUGUUCUGGUGAAGAAUGCGCUUUUACGCACGAAUUCCUGCGUUCUCAAACUGAGUUCUUUUUUUUAAAAAAAGAGAGAACUGAAACACCAGUUCCUGCAGAAAGAGUCCAGGUGCGGGCGGGCUCUGCACUCUGAAAACACUUUUUAUUAUUGCUUUAUGGACUCUUCCUCCUCAGAAGUUGCUGACAGAGAACUUUUAUUCGAUAAGCGCGGCACGUUUCACUGAACCUGGUGAGUCGCGCGGAGCGACUUGAGGCGCACGGACCAACAGCAUCAGGUGUCGCGAGGAAGGAAGGAAGGAAGGAAGGAAGGAAAGAAGGAAGGGAGAGAGACGGGCACGUUUCUGCACAAAAACAGGACAGUACUAAGCUUUUUUUUUUGACGAUGACGGACGGAGCGAGACAGCGGAGCAGCGCGUCGGGCUCCUCCAAGGAUGCUCCUGCGGCGGAGGAGUCCGGAGGGGGGGUCGCGCUCAAGAAGGAGAUCGGGCUGGUGAGCGCCUGCGGAAUCAUAGUCGGUAACAUCAUCGGCUCGGGCAUCUUCGUCAGUCCCAAGGGGGUGAUGGAGAACGCCAGCUCCGUGGGCCUGGCUCUGAUCGUGUGGAUCAUCACCGGCGUCAUCACCGCCAUCGGGGCGCUGUGCUACGCCGAGCUGGGCGUCACCAUCCCCAAGUCGGGAGGGGACUACUCCUACGUCAAGGACAUCUUCGGCGGGCUGGCGGGCUUCCUGCGUCUGUGGAUCGCCGUGCUGGUCAUCUACCCCACCAACCAGGCCGUCAUCGCGCUCACCUUCUCCAACUACGUCCUGCAGCCGCUGUUCCCCACCUGCUUCCCGCCGGAGACCGGCCUGCGCGUGCUGGCCGCCAUCUGCCUCCUGCUGCUCACCUGGGUGAACUGCUCCAGCGUGCGGUGGGCCACCAGGGUCCAGGACGUCUUCACCGCCGGAAAGCUGCUGGCCCUCGCCCUCAUCAUCAUCAUGGGCAUCGUGCAGAUCUGCAAAGGAGAGUACUACUGGCUGGAGCCCGCCAACGCCUUCGAGCCCUUCCAGGACUACGACGUGGGUUUGAUAGCUUUAGCCUUUCUACAGGGCUCCUUCGCCUACGGAGGGUGGAACUUCCUCAACUACGUCACGGAGGAGCUGGUGGAUCCUUAUGUGAACCUCCCGCGUGCCAUCUUCAUCUCCAUCCCCCUCGUGACCUUCGUCUACGUCUUCGCCAACAUCGCCUACGUGACGGCCAUGAGCCCUCAGGAGCUGCUGGCCUCCAACGCCGUGGCCGUGACGUUCGGGGAGAAGCUGCUGGGGGUCAUGGCGUGGAUCAUGCCCAUCUCCGUGGCGCUCUCCACCUUCGGGGGAGUCAACGGUUCCCUCUUCACGUCCUCAAGGUUGUUCUUUGCUGGAGCCAGAGAGGGCCAUUUGCCCAGUCUGCUGGCCAUGAUCCACGUAAAACGCUGCACUCCCAUCCCGGCUCUGCUCUUUACUUGCCUGUCCACGCUGCUCAUGCUGUGCACCAGUGACAUGUACACACUCAUCAACUACGUGGGCUUCAUCAACUACCUCUUCUAUGGAGUGACCGUCGCCGGGCAGAUCGUGCUGCGGUAUAAACAGCCCGACAUCCACCGGCCAAUCAAGAUCAGCCUGAUCUGGCCCGUCAUUUACCUCAUCUUCUGGGCCUUCCUGCUCAUCUUCUCCCUCUACUCCGAGCCCAUCGUGUGCGGCAUCGGCCUGGCCAUCAUGCUCACCGGCGUGCCCGUCUACUUCCUGGGGGUCUACUGGGAGAACAAGCCUCAGUGCAUCAACGCCUUCGUCAAUAAAAUGACGUACCUGGGCCAGAAGCUGUGUGUGGUCGUCUAUCCGGCCGAGAGCAAAGACAGCGACGGCGGGGAAGAAGGCGAGGAAAUGACGGAGGCCCGGUCUCCUCUGUCCAAGGCGGACGGAGACAACCACAAGUCAGCAGACUGCUAAGGCGCACCUUUUUUUUGUUUUUUUGUUUUUUGUUUUAUUUUUUUUUACUCCCACCCUCUCGAUCACACACACACUUGGGUACACACACCUGCACAGAACAUGCAAGAAGUGGACUGACUCGCGUUCCUCCCACACUUUCUGUUUUUCAGGUUUAAGUUUCAUAUCAAUCAAUAUUUUUAUUUUAUUUUUUUUCCAAUUUCAAAUCCAUCAAGAGGUGUUUAACGUCACGCAGCCUCGGCGGUUUCCGUCUGAGGCCCAUCAGAAGUGCAAUAAAGACCGGUCAUCAGCUCCGAGCUCCUCCAUCCGUUCAGAGACACACAGAGACUCUUUCUCCACUGUGAUGGCGAACACUCCGCUCCUCCUUUUUUUUUUUAAUUUCUUUUUCAACACACCAAAGCUGCAUUUUUGAUCGUCGAAAAUCAAGACUGAGAUCAAGUCAUGUGCUGAAGUACACUAAUGUGGAGAAGAUGACCGUGAUUCUGAAAUGUUGCUCUUUUUUUGUAAUUGUGAUAAUUGCUGGUAUUAUCUGCCUUUGUUUUUUUAUUAAUUUUUUUUAGUCUUAAUAUUUUAAUUUUUAGCCGUGUAGACACUUUCUUUUCUAACAACAUUCAUCCGGUCCUCCCCCCCGAUACACCUUUUUACUUUUAUUUUUUUACUCUUGAUAAAUGUGUAACAUCUGGAAGCUGUUGUGAGAUUUUGUGACGUGUGUCGGUGAAUGUGCGCAGUGUUAUUAUUUUUUUUAAUUCAUUGCCUUAAUUGCAGUGUAUUCUGUGUGUCUGACGACCGGCUUCACACUUUUAUCCAAACUAAAACAAAAAAAACUGACACUGCCUCGCUGUUAAUGGCUGCAAUCCAGCACGGACUGGAAACAAAAGAAAAUCUGCAGUUUUAACCUCCAUAUUUGUACUGUUUGGUAUGUAAAAAAACCCCAAAACCGACUCAUGUGAAUGCUUUUGAAACCGGGUUCUUUCUUCCUUUUUUAAGAUCUUGAUUGUCUUUCUAUUUUUUUUUUUUUUUUUUUGUACUUUGUCAUUUAAAUCAAGGGUGUCAAACACAUGUAUUUUAGUUCUGGGGUCACAUACAGCCAAGAUUGUGCCAUAAUGACCUUUAAAUUCAUGAUGAAAAUGUCUGUUUUCUGAAAAACCUGACAAAAAAACUUCUCAUUAAGCUGUUUUAGUAGUUCUGUUUUAACAAACUCCUCCUGACAACUACUCUUAAGAAAUUUCUUUAAAAAAAAAAUCUAUGUUUUCUUUCCUUGUUGGUUUUAUAGUCUGGAUUAGCACCUCCUACCGGCCAGUUUUGGCCCACGGACCUCAUGUUGGACACCCCUGGUUUAAGCCGUUCUUUUUGCUUUACUUAGGACAGUGGUUUUCAAAGUGUGGGGCAGCUCACUGGAUCCCUUUUGCCUGCCUUCCUCUCUUUCAUCCUCCAGGAGAAAAUCGUGUUCAAACGGAAACUAAAACUGUCAAUUAUAGAAAUUAGAACCAGAAAACACGCAAAGACUUGACUGGAAAUUUCAAAUUGAACGAGCACAUAAAGACUUUUUGUUGCCUUUUUUUGCCCAACUGCCUUUAAUCAUAUUUUAUCAGAUGAAAAACAUAAGGAACUGUGUUUUAGGCACAAAAAAGUGUAAAUAAUUACAAAAUAUGUGCACUUUGUCGGCUUUUCCCCCCAGAAUAAUUUAUAUUUUAGAAGGAAACAUAAUCAAAAGAUAAAUAUUUUAGCACAGAUUUCACAAUAAGUGCAAUACAGAUGAAUUUAAAGGAGGAUAUAGUCUUCAGUGCCAAAACAAGGAGUUUCCUGAUGUUUCGUUGCCUGUUCGGUUUCGUCCUCCCACACUUAGGAAACCCGCUGAUUUAGUGCCUAGAAGCAAGCUUUACAUCAAAAGACAACGUUUCUUUAUUCUUUGAGUCACCCAGAAGGCAUCUCAGUGCAAUAACACGAAACUCCCGGAAGGAUGAUCCACCUGUAUAAGCUGUCUUCAGUUUUUAUAAUCUAUCAGUGUCUCAGGGCAACCUGCAUCCUUCACACACACACUCACUCACACACACACGCCUCAGGAGCUGAAGGGGUACAGGGUGUCUGGAAUGUCUUCACAGCAGCGCGGUUAUUUGUGUCUUUACAGCCAAAGCAGAUACAUCCUGACGGGUCUGUUCAUCGUCUCUUUAGUGAAUAAAAAAAACAACCACUGUUUCAGUUUCUACACCGAGGCCUCGUUUGUAUUAAAAUAAAGAAAUAACUGCCUUGU